ACAGAAAUUGCAAAUCAAAUGCUAUGUUGUGAAACAAAAUACACUUUGGCAAAUAAAAUUUUAUAUACUAUUAAAUGGAAAGAAGGUCAAGCAGAAUGGAUGGUAUCUAGUGAGCGGUCUGCUACUGGGGCUAUAAAUGCAUUUUUAAAGAAAACUAAUCGUGAAAAUUCUCAAAUUUCUAGAAUACAUGUAUUUGGAUUUGAUAUUGAAAUAUUACAUCAAGCACAAAUUGAAUAG